AUGGCUGUUGCCUACGUUCCAAGCAUCAUUGAAGACCUGCAUACGUUCCGUAAAGAGAGGGCGAAUGGCUUAUACGGUCCAUUGCCGUUCACUAUCGCCAACACGCUCGUCAGCAUCCCUUGGCUGUUCCUUAUCGCAGUCAUGUUCAGUGUAAUCACCUACUGGCUGGGGCAUUUCAGACCAACGGCAGGCGGCUUCUGGAUGUGGACCUUGUGGCUUUUUCUCGAUCUUCUCGCCGCUGAGGGCCUCGUGGUUCUUGUAUCGAGCAUAUUCCCCAUUUUCGUCGUCAGUCUCGCCAUUACCGCCUUCGCAAACGGUUUGUGGAUGUGUGUUGGCGGUUUUCUUGUGCCUCUCGGCAAGUUGAAUGUGUUUUGGAAAUAUGUCUUCCAUUACAUCGAUUAUCAGAGCUACGUGUUCCAAGGAAUGAUGGCGAAUCAGUUCAGAAGCACAAUCUGGAACUGCGAGAAACUGGCGUCGGGAUAUCAGUGCAUGUAUACCAGUGAUCUCGAAGCCGAGGGUAAGAUCCGUGGAACGGCAGUGCUACGCGCCUACAAGUACUCCUGGUCUGAUGACAAAAUUGGGGAGUGGAUCGGGAUCAUGUUCGCCAUUCUCGUUGUGUAUCGGAUUUUGGGAUAUCUGGCUCUAGUUCUCAAGAAGCAGUAG